AUAGAGUUGUGAGGGUACAAAACACACAGCCAACAUUCAGCACGAAUCAAUGAAGUCUUUAUCAUUGUCUGUAACACCCACCCACCCACGCGUGCACACACACACACACACACACACACACACACACACACACACACACACUAAGAGCUCCGUCAUAGGGUCAGUGUGUGUCAGUGAGUCCUCCGACAAUUAGCACACACACACACACACACACACACACACACACACACACACACCAUGAUGGCCUCUGCGUCGCCUCGCCGCCGUCUCACGCCGCAGACCUUCGCCGCUGUGUUCCUCCUCAUGUCAGGCGGCGGAGUUCCCGUUUCCUGUUUUAAAGUGACCGAAGGUGGCGUGGCAUCCCUGUCUUGUCAGUACUCUGUGCAGCGUUAUGGCCUGAGUCGGGUGUGCUGGGGCCGCGGCUGCGGGACCCUCUGGUGCAGCAACAUCCUGAUCCAGACCGACGAGAAUGGUGUCAUCUCCAAGGCGGAGGACCGCUACCGGCUGACAGGCGACGUACUGGAAGGACAGAUGGACCUGGACAUCGCGGACGUGAGGAGAAGCGACAGCGGGCCCUACUGCUGCAGGGUGGACAUUGACGGGCUCUUCAACGACAAGAAGGUGAUCAUGAACCUGCGGGUGGUCAAAGCUUCAAUCAACAGUCCUACAACAACGUUGUCAUCUUCAACAACGUCUACGACGACAGCAAAAGUAACAGACGGGUCGACUUCCGGGGUUAACAGGAAAACACAGCAGUUGCCUCAGCUGGACAAGAGGAACUCAACAAUGCUGCACUCCACCAUCAUCACUGUGAUCAACCCUCCAGCGUCGCUCUCCCUUCACAUCAAUGUUCCUGUCCUGUCGCUCUCCCUCGCCGUGCUGAUAACACUUGCUGCUGUUAUCUUCUCUCUGGCCUUCAAACGGGGGUUAUACAGACCAGGUUUAAGGAGUAGCUGUUUUUCCGACGAGGAACCUCCUCAUAUUAUCUACGAGAUCAGGAUGAGAAGACCAGUUCAGGAGAACAUCUAUACUCUUGACUAGAUUCAGUCACGUAAUGUCAACUGGAAUGAAUUUGAAUUACAUCUACAUCCUCCACGAUGCCCAUUAUCUAGGCUAUCUGUUUUAAUACUGUACUUGUUUUUACACAUUUAACCAAAUGAUGUUUUCUUGCUCUUAAACUGUGAAUAAACGUACUUUUGGUCA